UGCGAUAUUGUGGAGAUGCCAAAGAAGCAGGGAAAUUUCCUAAACACCUGGCUCCUGCUGCGCCGACUUGUCAACAAAAUGUGGGUGGAACUGACUGGGGGUCAGAUCGCCAACCGAAAAGAUCGUUUUUUUCAGCAUUUGUUUAAAAUUCGUUUGGAUGGCUGUAAUCUGAUCGGUUUUCUUAGCAAAAAUCGCAAGAGUACCGUCCUCAAAAAGCUUCUGCAAUCGGGAAAUUAUUUAGCUGUCUGUCCCCUUCUGGCGAAUGUCAACUAUACGUCCACACGUUUUGCCCUCAAUCCGGAUCACUUUCCGGCCUACAUGCCGGACAUGAAGUUCAACACGAAAUUGAUCUUCCAGCUGAGCAGGAAUAUUGGCCAAUGGAUCAGGGCCAGUGUGGAUGCCGAGGUGAUGAGACGAUCGUAA